UAUUUUUUUUUAAAAGGCAAACGUGAUAUUGUUUAUGCUUCUAAUUGUUUAUUAAUUAGUCUCUACAUCCUUUUUUUUCUUUUUCUUUUGCCUUAAUUUUGAAAAAUAUCAAUUAGGUCUACGAAUAAUUAAGUAAUUGUUAAGCCUUCUGAAAUGGCGACCGAUGAUGGAUCUUUGUUGCAUGAGCUUAAGAUAAUAUGGGAUGAAAUUGGAGAAUCAGAGACCGAAAGAAGUAAAAUACUUCUUCAAAUAAAACAAGAAUGUUUGGAGGUUUAUAAAAGAAAGGUUGACCAAGCCAAACUGCACCGGGCUCAAUUACAAAAAGAAAUUUGUACCUUAGAAUCAGUUGUUACCGAUGUUUGCUCUAUAUUGGGUGAGCCACAAAUGCACAUCCAACAGUGCAACAGGAAUACAAGAAGCUUAAAAGAAGAGCUCAAGUUGAUUGGUGAACAACUCAAUGAGAUGCGUAAGAAGAAAGACAAUAGAAAAGAUCAGUUCCUUAAACUAGCAGAGCAAAUAAAGAAAAUACUAAUUGAGAUUAGACCGAAAGAUAACCCAACAGAAGUUAUUAUUAACGAUGCCGAUUUAUCGAUCGGAAAGCUCGAAGAAUUGAAUAAACAGCUACAGCUACUCGAAAUAGAGAAGGCCGAUCGCUUGAAGCAAGUCGCCGACCACUUGAACACCAUCAAUUCUCUAUGUUUAGUUCUUGGUACAGAUUUUAACCAAAUAAUCAAAGAGCUAGAAUUUUGUUUUUCUGAAAUUGAAGGACCCAAAAAUAUUAGCGAUGAUGCGAUUGAAAUGCUGGUUUCUCAAAUUCAAAAGUUAAGAGAGGUUAAGAGAAAGAGAAUAGAGAAGCUUCAAGAUCUUGCCACUACUAUGUUGGAGCUGUGGCAUCUAAUGGAUACACCAAUCGAAGAGCAACAAAAAUUUCUAAGUGUCACAUGCAACAUAGCUGCUUCAGAACAUGAAAUAGCAGAGCCAAAUGCUCUUUCAAUAGGGUUUAUAAAUAAUGUUGGAACAGAAGUAAUGAGACUUGAAGAGUUAAAAGCUAGCAAAAUGAAGGAACUUGUUGCGAAGAAAAAGAUAGAGCUAGAAGAGCUUCGCAAACGAGCACAUGUAGUCGAAGCAAAAGAAAUUGUUGACCCCUCUAUGGCACUAGAGCAAAUCGAAUUACAAAUUUCUAUCACUAAAGAAGAAGCAUUUAGCAGGAAGGAGAUUCUUGAAAGGGUUGAAAAAUGGCUCGCUGCUUGUGACGAAGAGUCAUGGCUUGAAGAGUACAAUAGAGACGAAAAUCGUUAUACAGGAAGAGGAGUCCAUCUCGCACUUAAGCGUGCUGAAAAAGCUCGUAUUCUAGUUAGCAAAAUCCCAGCAAUGGUGGAGGCUUUAGUUGCAAAAACUACAGCUUGGGAGAUGGAGAGAGGAACCAAAUUUAUAUAUGAUGGUGCCCGACUUCUAACUAUGCUUAACGAAUACACGACUUUGAGGCAGGAUAAAGAACAAGAAAGGAAACGACAACGGGAACAGAAAAGACUUCAUGGAAUAACUGAGCAAGAAACAUUUGUCGGCGCCAAAUCAAGCUCAUUGAAAAACUUGAAGAAGGUAACAAGAACAUUCUCUGCAGGCCAUAAUAGAAGCUCAUCUCUUGGAGGAGUUACGCAACCUCUACAGUCAUUAAGACCCGAUUCGCCAUUAUCCACGAAAUCUCCGAGGUCAGCGAGAAAGAGUGAUGAAGGAAUCGCACUACCAACUAGUUAGAAUUUUUUGUGAGAAUUAAACCAAGAUGUCAUGGCCAUGCAUGCCUUUAAAAGCUUCGUUACUUUAGUUUCAAACUGACAUCAUGCCAGCGACGUCGACGUAAGAUGUCACUAAAUUAUAAUAUCUUGAAGAGCAUAAAGGCAACUUUGUAUCGCUCUAAACUUAAGCAUGUAAAAAUAUAUAUAACGAAACAAUCUUGUAAAUCAGAGAUGGAUAUAGUUUUUUAUUUAGAGAUGGCACAA